AUGGAAGUUGAAGAAAAGAAAAAAACAAUAGAUGAUUUUGUAACAAAAGUAGUUUUAGGAAAAGGUACAUAUGCGAAAGUAGUUCUCGUUAAAAAAAAAGAUAAUAAUAAAUACUAUGCAAUGAAAAUGAUAAAAAAGGAAAAACUUCAAAAAUAGCGUUAAAUAGACAACGUUUUAAUUGAAAGAAAUGUUUUGGAAGGAAUGAAUCAUCCAUUUAUAAUCAAGCUUUAUUAUUCUUUUUAAACCUAAUAUAAAUUUUAUUUUAUUUUAGAAUAUUGUCCUGGAGGCGAACUUUUUAGCCUAUUAAAAAAAUGUUAAGUUUUUACAGAAGAUUAAACAAGAUUUUAUAUAGCAUAAAUAAUAGUUGCAUUAGAAUACUUACAUUCGAAUGAUAUAAUAUAUAGAGAUCUUAAACCAGAAAAUGUUAUGAUUGAUGUUGAAGGAUAUAUUAGAAUAACUGAUUUUGGCCUUUCUAAAAAUAAAUUAGAAGGUGAUAAAUUAGCUUAUUCUAUUUGCGGAACACCUGAAUAUAUGGCUCCUGAAUUAUUAAGAUAAGAAGGAUAUGCUAAACCAGCUGAUUGGUGGACAUUAGGAGCAUUAGUAUAUGAAUGUCUUACAGGUACUCCUCCUUUUUAUUUAUAAAACUAAGCAUAAAUGUUUUAAUAGAUAUUAUCUGCAUAAUUAUAAUUUCCUUCUUAUUUAUCAAAUAAUUGUAUCAAUUUUAUUGAUGGAUUAUUAUAAAAAAAUCCGUAAUAAAGAUUGGGAUAUAAUGGAGCUCAUGAAGUUAAGUAGCAUCCAUGGCUUAUGAAUAUUAAUUGGGAUAUUCUUUUGAGUAAAUAAUAUAGACCCCCUUUUAUUCCUGUAAUUGAUUAAGACUUCGGAUUGUCUUAUUUUGAUGAUUAAUUUAAAAAUAUGCCUGUUGAUUCUUGGACUAAUUCUAUCAAGGAUGGCCCUGGCAGAAAUGUGGAAGGAUUUACUUACAUUAAUAAUGAAAAUACUGAAGAAUUGUGA